CCACACCAGACUGGUCUUAGCAGAGAAGUGAUCGGCGUUUGCUACAGGUAGGCUAGUACUGCUCUCCAAUCCAGUUAUUUCUCCAUGUAGUAAAAUGCUCCUCAACUUUUCCUGACCUUGUUGCCGCUUGAAGGCGUAAAGACAUUAGAAGACAACGGACUGCCUGGUGCAAGAAUUCACUGUAGCGUGAGUCCGGCUUUGAAGCGCGCACACAUUUCAGCACCUUGGACAGCGCUCGGCGCCGCAGUGGCUAUGCGUGGAUUCAACCGGUGGCUUUCAACCAGAGCAGCAGUGUGAGGGGACCGUUACACUGAAUGCUUCAUAAAAACUCUGUUUUCCCGCAUGUGGGGAAGGCUAUUUGCUUUCUGGAUAACUUGGACUAGUGCUUUUUCCCUUCUUUCUAAUACAAAGCGUCACCGACGAUUCCAUCGUGUGAGUAGGCGUGCCGCUGGAUGAGUGGUUGACUGAACCGUCCUGAGCAGCGUGGAAUAGGUGACUGUCAGGCGGGCGGAGUGGUGUGGUGGUGCCUAAGAGACCCUCCAUUUAUAAGGAUGCUGGUGGGAAAUGCCUGGAGACAGAGAUGACGAGAUUUGUCAAAAGGCACUUGAACUCCUGUCAGAUCUUUGUUCGAGGGGGGAAGUGCAGAACGAAAACUGCCUGGAUUUUAUCUACUAUUUCCGAGACCUUGCCAGGCCACGCUACACGGAUUCAGAUAUAUCAGUGAGUCUGCUGUCACUAGUCGUGACUGCCUGUGGCCUGGCUCUAUUUGGGGUCUCCCUUUUUGUCUCCUGGAAGCUCUGCUGGAUACCAUGGAGGGAGCGCGGGCUCUCCCCCACCACCAAGGAGGCCCAUGGGCACCUCAACCCCACCAUGAGCCCUCUGCCCUCGCAGCCCGUACCCAGACAGCCUGUUUACACAGCCGUGGACCCCCCGAUGCACAACCGCCGUGAAUCCUCACACUGUUCCAUCGCCAGAGAGCCCACUCCUGUGGCGUCUGUUGUAUCGGUGGAGGCUCCUGUGACUCCUGUGUCACCGCCACCUGUGGUCAUUGCCACACCUGAGGCAGCUAUGAAGAUCAGUCACACAUCUCCAGACAUCCCACUUGACGCCCAGAGUAAAAGUCAGGAAAAUGGGGUUCACACUAACCCUCGUAUGCAGAGACAGACCACUGAACCUCCGCCAUCUGGUCGCUCAAUGUCUGAAAUUGGACAAGGGUCCAUUCGCAGACAUAUGAACCUGUCUAACCCAGACUUCAACGUGGCCCAGUUCCAAAGGCAGGACUCCCUCACUGGAAUGGGGCUGGGCCUCGGCCGUCUGAAACCUGAGCUCUACAAGCAGCGCUCCCUUGAGGGAGACGAAGGCAAUCGCAGAGGAGGAGGCUGUGGACGCCUCCACUUCAUCCUCAAAUUUGACUGCGACCUGGAACAGCUAAUAGUUAAGAUCCACAAAGCAGAGGACCUCCCAGCAAAGGACUUCUCCGGUACCUCUGACCCUUAUGUUAAGAUCUAUCUGCUGCCUGAUCGUAUGACCAAGCACCAGACCAAGGUGCAUCGCAAGACGCUGAACCCUGUGUUUGAUGAGGUCUUCCUGUUUCCUGUUGCGUACUCUGAACUUCCCACACGUAAGCUGCACUUCAGUGUCUAUGACUUCGAUCGCUUUUCACGCCAUGACAUUAUUGGCCAAGUGGUUGUGGACAACUUCCUGGAUCUGGCAGAUUUCCCCAGGGAGACAAAACUCUGCCGGGACAUCCAGUAUGUCUCCUCGGAUAACGUGGACCUCGGGGAUCUGAUGUUUUCACUCUGUUACUUGCCUACUGCUGGCAGAUUGACUAUUACCAUGAUAAAGGCUCGCAAUCUCAAGGCCAUGGAUAUCACUGGUGCAUCUGAUCCAUAUGUGAAGGUUUCACUAAUGUGUGAUGGUCGCAGACUGAAGAAGAGGAAGACAUCGACGAAGAGGAACACUUUGAAUCCGGUCUACAAUGAGGCCAUUGUCUUUGAUGUCCCUCCAGAAAACAUAGAGCAGAUCAGCCUUUUGAUUGCAGUGAUGGACUAUGACCGUGUAGGCCAUAAUGAAGUCAUUGGUGUGUGUCGUGUGGGCAACGAUGCAGACAGCCUCGGUCGAGACCACUGGAGCGAAAUGCUCACGUAUCCCCGAAAACCUGUCGCCCACUGGCAUCCUCUCGUUGAGUACCAGGGGACCACAGGUAGUAGCCAGGGAGGAUCCUGUAAUUCUCUGAAGACACCUCCCUCUCCGUAGCCUUGAGCAACAAUUCACAUAAGAGCACCAAUCAACCUGAAGCCUUGGCUGUACCUUUGGAGUGUGGUGCUGCUAAGUGCUGCACACAUAUGGUCCUAAAAGAAGAACGCAUACAUCCAUAAACUACUAUGGAAAAGAGAGACAAACUGUCUUGAGCUCUGUUGAGUUGGAUCAGUUGCAUGUUGAAUGACCGCUAAGAUGGAUGUUUUCUUUUCUAUAAUGUCCCAUAAGAAAAACAACAGGUAUAUGCAGACAUUUUAAGUCUGUGCUAUUCCUGGGUUUCUACAGUAGUUACUGUUUUUUACAUAGUCCUGUUACUUUGUUUUAAUGAGGUGAAUCUGUAUUUGCACAAUGUACUUACAACCAGUUGAACUGCCACACUGUUUUUUAAUUUGGUGGUGAAUUGGUGCAUGAGGCCAUGGUUUGAUGGGAUAUCUUCUCCUCGUUUGUUUGUUUCCGUUUCUAUUUUGGGAAAACAGCGUGUUAUUCUGUCGGUUGAUGUGCAGUGACGGUUAAUUUCUAGACAAAGUAUCUGUAAGUAAAAGAUGUUAAAUGUUAUCAAUAAAUAUUAUACCGUAAAAAAGAAAAAAAAGAAAAAAAAAAACAA